UGGUGCUAACAAUGCAUCAGAUUUUCUGUCUCGGCAUCCGUUAAGCAGAGAUGUCGACCAUACACAAGAGGAUGCCGCUGAGAAUGAUGUCAAUUUCCUUCCAACCCAUGCCAUCCCGAAAGCAAUGACAUUACAGGAAAUAAAGGAUGAAACCAAAAAGGACAAAACAUUGCAAGGACUUGCUAAAAUUAUUCGUGAACAAUUGUGGAAUUCAAAACCCAAAUGGCAUGAACUCAACACAGACAAUGAUGAUAUAAGUAUAUAAAAGUUCGGGACGAAUUAACCAUUAAUGACGAGGCAGAUAUAGUUUUGCGAGGGUCUCGUAUUGUUAUACCUCGUUCACUGCAGCACCGAACCAUAUCCAUCGCGCAUGAAGGUCAUCAAGGCCUUGUCAAAACAAAACAAUACGUGAGAAAAUAUGGUUUCCAGGCAUAUAGAUAAGGCUGUUAGGGAUAUGAUUGGCAGCUGUAUUGCAUGCCAAGCUAACAGUCACCCAAAUCCUCCACCCACACCACUAAAAAUGAAUGAUCUACCUCCUGAACCAUGGCACACAAUACAUUUAGACUUUUGUGGUCCCUUUCCCACCGGAGAGUAUGUUCUAGUUGCUAUUGAUGCAUAUUCUCGUUUCCCUGAGGUGGAAGUUAUUCACUCCACCUCUGCCAAAGCAACAAUAUUAAAGCUCGAGCGAAUAUUUUCAACCCAUGGACUUCCACAAAUUAUUAAAAGUGACAAUGGCCCCCCGUUCACUAGCACAUAAUUUAAAAUAUAUAUACAAGAAAAGGGUAUUGAACGUCAACGCAUAACACCACUGCGGCCGCAGGCAAAUGCAGAGGCUGAGAAUUUCAUGAACCCCAUGACAAAAGCAAUUCGAGCAGCAAUUACAAAACCAAAGAAUUGGGAGAAGGAACUCUAUAUAUAGUUUCUUGUUAAAUUAUCGAGCAACGCCACAUAGUACAACCAAGUUCUCUCCUGCAGAACUUUUAUUUAAUCUCAAUGCAGAACUUUUAUGUAAAAUUAAAAUGAAACUGCCAAACCCAGUGCAUCAGAUACAGGACACUGUAAAAGACCAGCAAGUCCGAGAGAAUGACGUCAAAGCUAAGGAACGAAUGAAAGCAAAUGCAGAUCGAGUGAAAAAUGCGAAAGAGUCAAAAAUGUUUAUUGGUGACACUGUACUGGUACGUCAAAGAAAACACAACAAAUUCUCCACACGGUAUGAUCCUAAACCAUAUCGGAUCACUAAAAUUAAUGGCACUAUGGUAACCGCUUCACGUCCAGGAGAUUCCAUCAUCCAGAAUAGAAAACCUUUUACAAAAAGAUUCAACCACAACCUGGUACGGAAGAGUGGCAAGACAGUGAUAACAUGGGAGGUGACUUAAGUGAUGGUGUAACUGAUGAAAUCAACCAAGACGGUGAAAAUUAAGUACAAGGGAGGAGAUAUCCACAGAGAGACAGACAACCAACCCAAAGAUACGGUCAGAAUAUUUAUGAAUAGAUAAUUAGGAUUCAUGGGAUCAUAAGUUAGUAUUAUCAAGACAAACAUAUUGGUAUGGACUUCAUGACUUGUAUAGUAUAGUAUAGUAUACAUUAGUUUAUUUGUUUUUUGAUAUUGUUAAGACAUUUACAUUAAUAGGUUUGCUAGCUAGCGUAAGGGAGGGAUGUAGCAUUGGUCAUGUGACAAGUCACAUGGGUCAUGUGACACGACGGAUUGAUAUUGAAUGAUUAAUGUUUAUGAAUUUUGUUGCUUAUGAACUAUUUUCUUUUCCAACAAAGCUGUAAGUUUCCUAACUAAGUUAUCCUGAUUAAUUUAAGAAAAAACCCCACAUAAAAUGUAAAGGAGAACAAAUUGAUUUGAAGUCGGAACUGAAAUUACCGAACAAUUUGCCGUACUGAAAUUACGGAACUGAAAUUACCGAACAACUUCAAAACAACAAAUUUAAAACUUUUUUCAUUUUUUAAACGUAAACAUUAAUAAGAAUUGAUUUAUUAUGCGAAAAAUGUUUUUGCAGUGUACAAAACGUUUAAAAACUACAGUUAUCGUGUUGCCAUGACUGUAACAUGACGUGCAACGCGAGCCUGCGUUCACUGUUGGCAUAAUUACGAAUACUUCAUGUUGAAACAAUGUUUGGAAAAUAUAGGCCAGGGGUCGUUGCAUGCAUGUAUUUCUAGUAUUAUGGGUAUAUUGAUAGAUAAAUAAGAGGUUAAUAGAAGGAACACAUCUCCUAUACAGACGCGAGGAAAUACAAAGUCAGUCUUAAAAAAUAAACCUCUGGUCCUCAGAUAAUAUAUAUUCAAAAUCGUGUACACUCGUCGGCAACCGCGAGGCCAAUGAAAAAUGUCCGAAUUCAAAAGACAUAUUAUAUGAGUUGAGUAUGCGACCGCGGUACUUGUGCAAGCAAGUAUUGUACUGCUAGAAAAUCUGUCAGUACUUUUUUUAUUAUCGAAAUCAGAUUCAACAGUACUGUAUAAAGGACUGCGUCGAUAAUUUUGGAAUACGGAUACAGAAAAUUUCAAAUGUUCUAAACAAUUACCAUGUUGCAGAUCAUGUUCGUUUGUUCUUUUAGCUGUGGUGUAUGGUUUUGUGAUAGUAGGCGGUGCUUUCGUUGUCAAAUACUUUGGUACAUUGGUACUACAGGUAUAUAUAUAUAUAAUUUAUUUGGUUGAAGUAGAAGUAAUAAUUUUCUGCUAUAUAAUGCAAUUGUCAUACACACGUUCCACCUAUUUACUGGCAAACCAGUUUAGGUGUGGGAAACUUCGUCAGUAUAUGUAAGUGAUUGAUAAUGACACAAUAUUUCCAGGAAAAAUCUCGAUUGAUUGUUCAAGGUAUAGAACCGGUAGCAAACAGCUGUUGUGCCAAGGAACUACAUGCAAAAUAUAGCUGAACUUCGACGUUUCAACCGAAGGCCCUUCGCCAUGGAUUAAAAACACAUGAUUUGACCCGACCAAAGCCUGUGCUGGAAACGAUCAGUUUUGUCUAUAUUUUUCAGUUAGUUGUAUAUAUCUUCUUGACACCGCAGUCCGCAGUUGUCCCAACGAACACUAUAAUUAAAAUAUACACAUUUGAAAGCGGGUGUAUAUAAAAUGGCAUGCUCAAACUAAUGAAUCCUCUUACGUUGAAGUCGCCUCUGUACUCCCCUGUUGGUAAGUACAGUACCUCUUUUCAGAAGUUCUCUUCAUGUGUACGUGUACAUGAAUUUCGAUAAAGAUGGCAAAAGUUUACAUUACAUAUUUUAAUUUGUAUGAUUUAAUCUUUCAGCUUGCCUAUAGUAUAUUUGGUAUACUUGGUGGUCCUUUACUUGGAAUAUUUUUCUUGGGAGUUUUGGUACCAAGAGCCAAUUAUAAGGUAUCACGAAAUACAUUUCACGUAGAUGCACACAAACGUAUAAUAGAACAAAUAACAUAAAAACUAUUAUAAAAUAGCCUUUUAAAAACACGGGCGCUGAUUGGUCAAAAGCUCAAAAAACCGGUGUUUCUAUAACUCGAUAGAAACACGGGGAAUUUUCACUCGGGUUGCGUGGAUUGCGCGGGAGUUAUUAAAAGACAAAAUACAAACAAUAUUUAAUUUUGAAAAAAGUUGCAAAACGUCCCGAAACGCCGAAGAACCGUUAAAAAAAGGCAACACUUUGCUAGCUUAGAAAGCAAAGACCUAAAGCACAAACUAUAAUUAUAGCACACGUUGUAUCUGUUUGACUGUUUACCAAGGUAAGAUAUUUUAAUUUUACUUUGCCUUAUUUUUUAAAAAAAUAUUUCCUCGCGACGUUCAGUUUAAUCAUGUAUAUAUUAAUAGUUUUUAAUCAUGUUUAAACGAUCACUAACUAUUUAAAACAGUGCUUUCUUUGCAUGCAAGCAAGCAUGUGCGUUGUUGAGUGAAUUAUGUACUUAGUAAAGUAAUCCUGUUGUUUUGACAGAGAUAUUACUUGUUUACUUCGCUAUGCUUUUAUAAUUAUUCUUUACACGAACGUAUAUUAAGGUGGAAUUAAUAUUUGAAUGAAAGCAAUUAAAAUCAAUAAAUUUAUCUUUUCUAUUAUUUUUAAAAGGCUAUUUAAUAAAGGAAAUAGAAAACAUUUUUUCCGUGUUCCUAUAGAGUUUAUAGAAACACUUGUGAAAGUUUGGGAGAAACUCGAAAUUGCGUGGAAACACUUGCACUUCGUGCUCGUGUUCCCACGCAAUUUCUCGUUUCUCCCGAACUUUCACGCGUGUUUCUAUAACUCUAUACUGUAGAAACACGGAAAAUGUUUUCUAUUUCUUAAUUAUAAAGAUCUACAGUAAUUUGUAUAUUAACCAGAAAUCGAUCUUGCAGCAAUGUAUGUAUAAUAUAUUACUAGUCAGAUUUAUGCUCUGAGAACCGCAAACUAUUGAGAGAAUUCUACGUAGCUUCCGAUCUGGAGCAUGCAAAUUCGGCAAAACGCGGAAGAAUACAAAAGUGAAAUUGAUUAGGUAAAUUAUGAAGAGGACUAGUAAAAACGAUGAAUUAUAAAUAAUAUAUUGAUAUUUCCAAAUUCAGUUUCAAUUGUUGACUAGUUAGAGAGAAGGAAAUUUCUAAAACACAACAUGAGAAUUCCGUACCCCUUACUCUCAACGAUUAAAUAACAACUCUAUUUAUGAACAUUGAAUAUGAUUAUUAGGCCUAAUGCUACAUUGGGAUAUAUUGUGUGUUGCAGCAAAACAUUGUUAGCUUUAUGCAAUGUAAAUGACGUAGAGCAUAAAUAUCAAAAAAAUUUAAGUGGGGCAAUAUAUUUCUGUUGAAAUGUUCAGCAUUUUAUUGUACCGGUUAUUACUUCUGUAUUAUAUAUUACAUGUAUACUUAAGUUAUAAUUAGUUAAUGUGCGGACUACGCGAAUUUGUAUGAUCUCUAAAAAGACAACUAAUCAUUUAACAACAAGAUAGCAAUAUUUUCGUGUGUGAAUCAUACGUUUGGAAACAAUUAUUGUUGCAAGAAAUAAAACUGCAUGCAUCACAUGAGUCAAAGUUAUGUAUGUGUAUUAUCAUUUACAGGGUGCUUAUGCUGGAGCUUUUGUUGGUUUUGUCUUGACAAUAACCAUUGCAAUCGGUGGCAUGAUUUAUCCUCCUGACAAAAUGGCUGGUAGUAUAUCUAUCAAGGAAUGCAAGUUCUAUAACAGCACUACAUAUGCAAAUACAACAGUUGACGGAAUCAUAGCAAAGACCUUCGUGCCACAUAGGUACAGGCUAACAAUAUUUUUACUAUAUUGCUAUGUUUGAAAGUAAUUCAUACACCAUUUUGCUAAUGUGAAUUUUUGUUAAUUCCACUCAGUGCAGGUAGUAAGUCAAAGAGUAAAAAUAUUGUUAGUGUUACUUCAUAUAAAUAUAAUAUAAGGACAUACGAAGAUAUGAUAUAUAGAAACCAUGACAAUUAAUUCAGCACUACUGGUAUAACAAGAAAAUUGAAAAAUAGCAAGCAAACAAACAAACGAAACUGACAAAAUUUAGUACCACUUUGCAACGUACGUUUGCCAAAAAAUAAAUUCUUUCCAACAUUUUCUGUACGUUUAAAGUACAAUUGUCAUUUGUAUUUGUCAAUCAAAUAUUUGCAUGUAAACAACGUUUACUCUGUAUGCAAUCAUGAGUGUGAUUGAACUGGUUUUGUUGCUAAUGGUACAGUAUACAGCUAAUUCAAAAAAGGUUGUCUUUCAAAAAUCUUAAACCUUAAACAUUGAGCGCGCAAGGCAUAAUGGGUCAAUUUGCUUCGCAACGAUGCUAAGGCUAUAAUGAACACUUUCGAUGCAGGGAUAUUUGAUUCAUUAAGCGAAUGCGCGCUCAAUCUACGUCUCCAAAUAAGCAAUAUCCAUCAUACCUUGCGCGCUCAAUGUUUAAGGUUUGAGACUUUUACAAGGACAACCUUUUUUUAAUUAGCUGUAUACACAAUAUCAAUGUAACGACAAACUGUUACAAAUAAUAUAAGUUGGUUGUAAUUACCCAUGUAAGAGAGAACGCUUCCCACGACCCUGUGUGCUGUAUUUUUAACGCAUAAUUGCAAUUUGUAAUUGCCAAUUAAAUUGCAGUUCCAACAUUCAAAUGAAUUUUCUUAUGUUCUUUCUAUUAAGUGAACCUCUCGCGAAACUUGGCAGUCUGUCUUAUUUGUGGUAUAGUGCAACUGCCGUGGCUACAACAUUUGUUGUGGGAGUUAUAGUCAGCUUGAUAUGUG